AUGGUUAGUAAACGAAGUGUUACAACACAAUUUAAUAUAACACCAAACAAUUACUAUCCGCUUUUAGAAGUUGAUAUUAAAAAUUGGGUUAAAUCUUUACGUUCACAACAAAAAAUCAUGUCUAGACAAAUGAUUAGAACAAAAGCUAAACAACUUGCAAGUCAGCCACGUUUUGUUUCACUUUAUCCAACAAUCAACGAAUGCAAGUGGGGCGAAAAGUGGGUAGAGGGCUUUAUGUGUUGUAAUAAAUUUAGCAAUCAGCGGCGUACUACUGUAGCACAAAAAUUGCCAGAGGAUUUAGAACCUCUAAGGGAUGAAUUUUUAAGUAAUGUACUAUAUCAUCAAGAAGUUAAGAAAUUAACACCUACUGGUUGUAUUCAGCGUCCUGCCUAUAAUGUAUGGGUAAAUGACCCAGAAGCUCAAAAUAAAAGAAGUAAUUUUGUGUAUGCUAAUGUGGAUAAUUUUGAUGAUAAUGAAAGUAUUGUUGAUUUAACUCAAAACGAUGAUGCAAAUAUGAAUAAUGAUGAUGGUGGUGACAAUUUAUAUGAAGGCGAAGAUAGCAGAAACAGGAACAGUUCAAAUGAAGCUGAGAAUGAAGAUGAUUGGAAUAAAAAUAAGGAAAAUGGUUGGAAUGAUAAUGUUGAAAAUGGUUGGAAUGAAAAUGAUGAGAAUGAAGGUCGAAAUUAUGAUUGGAAUGAAGAUAGAAGUGAAUAUCCAAAUGAAGAUUGGAAUGAAGAUAGAAGCGAAUAUCCCAAAUGA